GCUGUGGAUCCAUGUAGCCAUAACCCCUGUCAGAAUGGUGCAACCUGUGUGGACACUACCACAUCAGCUAACAGAUAUCACUGCCAUUGCCCUCCUAUAUUCCAUGGAGACCAGUGUGAACAGAGAAUGGAUUGUGCUCUGCCUUCGGAUCAAGAAGUCCCUAACAGUCACUACACGGUGCGUGGGCAGGAAUCGGACAGCGAGGGAUGGUACAUGCCUGGUGCUAUGCUGGAGUACAAGUGUGAUACUGGUUUCAUCAUGCAAGGCGGCCUGCCUACCAGACAGUGUCAGAGUGGGCACUGGGUCGGAGAGAAACCACAGUGUGUUAAGCAAGCCUCUUGUGAUGACCCUGGAUGGCCAGUGAAUGCCCGGCGAUGCUGUCAAUAUAUCUUCUAUGUAGGAGUGAAGCUGAGCUUCUAUUGCAAUGAGGGGUACAACAUCAGCGGUAAUGAUGAGAGGACAUGUCUACCCAGCGGGCAGUGGUCUGGUGUCCAGCCGGUCUGUAAUAAGAUUACCACACCUCCUACACCUGAAGACAGCAGGAUGUUCAACACCGAAACCUUAACCAUCGUCAUGGCAACCACUGGCUCCAUCCUAGGUAUCCUAGUGGUCACUGUAAUCCUCACGAGUCGUCAAUGCCGGUCCCGUCGUCAUCGCAUGGCUCAGACCUACCCACCGGUAUUACGUGCUCAGCUUGCACGGCUUCAUCGUGACCCUGAUGCCCUGGCUCUCCUGGCAGUGACGGAUGAUAUCGGUGUUGUGUUGCCAUCAUACGACGAGGCGGUAGCCCAGAUCCAGACUGCCCACGUUCCUCCGUUCCGACCGCCCCCCUCAAGUGGGGAUGGUAAUGAAUUGAGUCCGAGUGGUGGCGAAGGGGAGAACCGCUCAUCGGUGCAGGGAAGACCACUCCCUCCGAUACCACACCCUCCGCCUAAUCAGAACUCAUCUGCAAGGUCAGGACGCUCUAGACGACGGGGCCGUGCAAGCCAUCAGCAAACUCCUCCAUCUCCUCCAUCUCCCCCUCCUCCGCCCUAUGGGGAACAUGAAGACCCUAUUGAUGUUGGGGAUGCAGGGCCAGCAGAGGGUGGUCCAGUGGAGAACAGUCCUGCAAGGAGAGAUGAGGAAGUGACGGAAGGUGAGGUUCCAACCCACAGUAUGGUUGGUAACGAUCUCUAUGCUGAAGUACCUCAGAGAAGAGCAGUGCCACAAGGAGAUGGUGCACAUCACAAUAACACUGAUGCUGAUCAAGAUGCUAAUCAAGAUGAAAGUUAAGAAAGAGAGGAGGGUCCUGCAGCCAUACAAAAAUAUUGUAGGACUUCACUUGAUCUUAAUCUGCUUUUGUAUAGACAUAGAUGUACUUUAAUCAAGUGAAAUCAUAAAUGAGUAUGUUUACUGGCUGAACAUUUCAUAGUAUUAUAUUAUGUGCAUUUUGCUUGACAGAAGAGUCACUAUACACGUAGUUUAGAAUGAUUUUGGUUUUAAGAUUAAUGUGUGUUAUAUUGUUCCUUUAUUGAGUGCAGUACUUGCCCGUUGAAACCAAAUGCUCGUUAAGGUUUUUUCGUGUGCUGAAAAUAAUGUUCCCAUUAAUGCUCUAUGAGGAGGCUAUUGUAAAGUUUCCAGAUAAACUGCAGCAAUAGAUUUGGCUUUUUUUGUUUUUUUUUUGUCUUCUUUCUUUUCUUCUUGUGGUGCAUCUUUUAAGCUAAUGGUGUCAAGAAUUAUUACUUUAAAAAAAAAAAAGAAUCCCUUAACAGUCUGCCAUCAUUUGGUUGCAAUCCAGUGUUCAGACUCCUAUGUCAAAACCAAUAAUGGCACCAGCUAUACACCCAAAAUUAACAAAAUUACCAAGUUUUAUGCUCUAGUCUGGAGCUAGCACUUUCUUUAUCCCUGACAUACCAAGUAUUGGAACAGAGAGGGGAGCAGUCUGCAGAAGAAUAGCUACAGAGGGCAUGAGAGAGAGAGAGAGAGGAGGGUGAGGCAACAUGAACAGAAGAUAAUACACUGUCAAUCCAUCACUCAUUUGCCUCUUGCAUCUACAGUUUCAUUAAAAACACAAAAUUUAUCACUUGAUUUGAUGUUCCUCUGGCUCAAAAUUAUACGAAGUGUCAUUUUAAUAUAAAAAAACAUAUCAAGAAAGUAUCAUGACUAUUAAAUAGAGAAGAAAAAAAUCUUCAGAAAUGUUAUCUUUAAUAAAACAAAAAAAAUACUUGUCAGUGUUUCUCUGCUCUCAACAGACAUGUACCUCAACCAACCUUGAAAGUGUAUGUUGUGCUUUUCUAAAAGUGCAGAAUGUUUUGAUUGAUUUCAUAAUAAAUAGACGUAUUAAUAAUGUAUGCUAAUUGGGUUUUGCACUCGGCUGUUGAAAGCAAGCUUUUAUCGAUCGUCAAGACUGAGGUACAAAGGGAGAAA